AGGAAGUUUUCGGAAUAUACGAUAAGUGAAAUAUCGUUCUUAAAAAAGAGCAAGAACAGUUUAACCAUUGAAAACAAGAUUAUUACCAAUAGCCGUAAGAGUUCAUUUAAUGACAAUGACGAUGGCGGCAAAGUCGAUGAAGGACUAGUCGGAACUGGAAAUAGGAAUGCGCCAAAAGCUAGUGCAGCUAAACAUCAAUUGAAACAGUUGUACACGAUGCGCGAGGCGCUUUUCUCUCAGGAUGGCUGGGGAUGCCAGCACGUUAAUCAGGAUACCAAUUGGGAGGUGCCCAGCUCACCAGAGCCGGCCAAUAAGGACCCAUCGGGGGGGCCGCUAAUGUGGAAGCCAAACAUUAACAAUGGCACCGAUUUGUGGGAAUCGAAUUUAAGAAACGGCGGUCAGCCACCCGCUCAACAAGUGCCAAAGCCAUCUUGGGGGCAUACGCCUUCAUCAAAUUUGGGCGGAACUUGGGGCGAGGACGAUGAUGGCGCCGAUAGCACCAGCGUUUGGACGGGUCAGUCAUCCAAUAGCACAACGUCUGGUGUUGCAGUCGGUGCCAAUGCGCCUGGCGUUGGCGCCGCUGCUGGUCCCCAAUGGGGACAGGCUGUUGCUGUUGGUGUUGGAGUCGGAGUUGCCUUAAACUCGACUGGAAAUAACAAUGCGCCGGCAACAGGAGCCCUGCCUGCCGUGGCUCCCGUAUGUGGAAAUAGUGGCAACAAUUUGGCUGUAAGUGGAACGGUUGGUGGAGCUGGCGGCAGUGUUGGCGGCAGUACUGGCAAUGGUUGGGGUGAUCCUCGAGAUAUGCGCCCGCUGGCUGGAGCCGGUCCCAUGGACAUCCGAAACGUCGAUCCGCGUGAACCAAUUACAAUGCGUGGUGUUGGCGCACCAACAGGAGAUCCGCGUGACUUGCGCAUGAUUGAUCCUCGGGAUCCGAUACGUGGUGAUCCGCGUGGCAUAUCUGGUCGACUAAAUGGCACGUCCGAAAUGUGGGGACAUCAUCCUCAGAUUGCUCACAAUCAGAUUCAGAAUAUUAACAAAAUGGUCGGCCCCGUUGUUAGUGCAACAGGGUCAAAUAUCGCAAGCUCAAAUAUUGGCCCAAGCGGUGUUGGUUCCGUAUCCGGUAAUGUCGGGGCACAAUGGGGAGCCACACAGGCCGUCGUUGGUGGCCCCAAGGAUAUUUCCAAGCAAAUCACUGGAUGGGAGGAACCCUCACCCCCACCACAACGUCGCAAUAUUCCCAAUUAUGAUGACGGUACCUCUCUGUGGGGACAACAAUCGCGCUUACCUGGAAGCGGUGCCCACUGGAAGGACAUGACAGACUCAAUGAGCCGGAGUCACUUAAUGAGAGCCCAAAAUCCAACGGGUAACAUCGUCGGCAGCGGUAUCGUUGGCAAUAGCAAUGUUCCAGUCGGCGGAAAUCCCAAUAAUUCAAUGGGCGGUGGUGGUGUUGUUGGGCCUCAGUCUCGCCUGGCAAACACUCCUGGACCCGGCGGAGUUGUUGGCGGCCAGCACGGCAAACCUGAUGCCGGUGCCAUGUGGGUACAUUCUAAUAAUAGCGGCGGCGGCGUCGGUGGCGGUCGAAAUGCUCAAGUAAGCUCUUGGGGCGAUGAUAGUCACAAUGUUGGCGUUGUUGGCGGAACCGCCUUGUCAGGCAACAACUGGGUCGAUGAUAAACAGAGCACUUCACUUGCACAAAUUGGAGCAAAUGCCAACUCGUGGAGUGAUUCACCUUCGGGUGGCGGCGGUGGCGGCGGCUGGGGGGGCAAUAAACAGAGUAAAUUGCCGGCAGCAGGCGGCGCAUCCUCUGGUUGGAGCAACGCGAACACAGUUGGAAGCAAUGUGGAAAGCGGCGAUUUGUCAUCGGAUUGGCCACAUGGUGGCAUUGUUGGAAAAUCCCAGCAACAGCAGCAGCAGCAAAAAAUCGCUGGCAUUAAUGUUGGUGUUGGCAUCCUUAACACAGAUAUGGUUAAGCAAAGCAAGCAAUAUAGACUAUUGGUUGAGAACGGCUUCAAAAAGGAGGACGUCGAAAGAGCAUUACUGAGUACCAACAUGAAUAUUGAGGAGGCAGCCGAAAUGCUCCGGGCAAAUCCCAAUUCGUCUCUGGCAAUGGAAGGUUGGCGCCGUCACGAAGAGGUACUUGGUUCCUACGCUGAUCACUCGAAUACGACAAAUACGGGCGGAUUCCCACAACGUUAUCCCGUUGGCAGCGCACAGCCAUCGAUGUCAUUCCCUCCGAACAACCUAAUGACCAAUAUGAGCGGUACACCUGGCAAUAACCCGAAUAUGGCUGUUCUUCAGGUUCAAAAAUAUUUGAAUCAAGGUGGGCCGCACAACGUUGCAAUCGGUGGACCACAGUCGUUAAAUGCGAAUGCAUCGGUUGCAUUUUGCCAGAACGCAUCGAGUCCUGCCCCGGCGGUGAAUAUUGCAUCAAAUGCCAAUAAUCAACCAUCUGGUCAGCACAUUCGCCAACUUGGUCAGCAAAUUCAAUUGGCCAUCCACAGCGGCUUUAUAUCCAGUCAAAUUUUGACGCAGCCUCUGACACAAAAUACUUUAAAUUUAUUAAACCAACUACUCAGCAGUAUAAAGCAUCUUCAAGCAGCGCAACAAUCUCUUUCUCGGGGCAGCAACGCCAACCCCAUGGUUGUCAAUGUAACCAUUGCAAAAUACAAACAACAGAUACAAAAUUUACAAAACCAAAUAAAUGCACAACAGGCUGUUUAUAUAAAGCAACAGAACUUGCAACAAAAUUCACAGCAGCAGCAGCAGCAACAUCCAUCCGGACACAUAAAUAACUCUGGAAAUGACUAUCUAAGAAAUCAUGAUGCAAUAACUACCCUUCAAGGAAAUUUCUCAGAGCUGAAUCUUAAUAAGCCUAGUGGAUAUCAGGGUGCUCCCAAUCAGCAGUCCCGCUUGAAUCAGUGGAAGCUUCCAGUAUUAGAAAAGGAUACCAUCGCUACGGACAGCACUGAUUUUUCACGAGCUCCGGGCACAACAAAACAAAAUUUAACUAGCAACUCAAGCAACAUGGGCCCGCUCGGCCUACAAAACGAUGGUACUUGGUCAACUGGGCGCAAUAUUGGAGACGGUUGGCCAGAUCCUUCAAUUGAUAACGAGAACAAAGACUGGUCAGUUGCACCGACAGCAGCUGCGUAUACCGACUUGGUGCAGGAGUUUGAGCCAGGCAAGCCGUGGAAGGGUUCUCAGAUCAAAAGCAUUGAAGAUGAUCCAAGCAUAACUCCUGGCAGCGUAGCUAGAUCUCCAUUGUCCAUUAAUCCGACGCCAAAAGAUGCUGAUAUUUUUGCCAACACCGGCAAGAACUCUCCGACUGAUCUGCCGCCACUAAGUUUAUCGUCGUCAACGUGGAGUUUCAAUCCAAACCAAAAUUUUCCUAGUUGGUCAGACAACAGUCAACAAUGUGCCACCUCAGAACUCUGGACAAGUCCUCUAAACAAAAGCUCAUCUCGAGGACCUCCGCCUGGGUUGAGCACAAACAAAUCGGGCGGCGUUACAGCCACGACACCAUCUCCUACUGUGGCCGGGAACUCCAAUGGUUGGCUUCCUAAUCGUAGUGUUCCCAACACUAAUACAACUUGGACUGGAGCUAAUGCUGCCUGGAACUCUAGUUGGUUGCUACUGAAAAAUCUAAAUGCUCAGAUUGACGGCUCUACCUUACGUACUUUGUGUAUGCAACAUGGUCCCCUUGUUAGUUUCCACCCAUAUCUAAACCAAGGAAUUGCCUUAUGUAAAUAUACAACGCGGGAGGAAGCUAACAAAGCACAAAUGGCCCUUAACAAUUGUGUGCUCGGUAACACAACAAUAUUCGCUGAAUCGCCCAGCGAGAAUGAAGUCCAGAAUAUACUGCAACAUUUGCCACAAGCGCCCUCCUCGACUAACUCGGCGGGAAGUGUUGGCAAUGGAAGCGGCGUCGGCAACAUAAGCGCCAGCGUUUCCAAUAGCUGCUCUGGUGCUGCGACCAUAUCUGGCGGAAACAGCAGCAGCAACGGCAAUGGAACCGGCGGCAACGGUGGAUCGACUGCAGCCGGAACGAGCGGAGCAGCCACCAAUGCAAGCGGCGGUGGAGGCAGCGGCAAUUCCGUCGGAUCCGGAUCAGUUGGCAGCAGCAGUACAGGUAGCAACAACAAUGGCAGCGGAAGCAAUAUGAACACGGCUGUAAAUGGUGCCCCGCCAAGUGGUAACGGUGGCAACAAUACCAAAAAUUCAUCUGCUGGUGGUGGACAGCCAAAUGUUGCCAAUGUGACACCUGCAGCUGGCGGCAACUCAACGUGGCGUCAGAGUACUCAAAAUCAGGGUCUACAGCAGGGGCCAAAUCGACCAGCCGGUAGGGAAGCAGAUUAUGAUUAUAUAUCUCAAUUCGUUUGUUCCAUAGUUGAUGAUUAAUUUGAUGAUGACCAUGGCAUAGCAUUCUGUGAAUCAACACACACACGCACACACACACACACACACACACACACACACACACACUCACUCACUCACUCACACACGCACACACACACACACACACACACUCACGCACACACAACAUAGUGUGUACACACACACGGACUAGAUUCAGCAUGGAAAGCGCAACUAUGUUAUGUGAGAAAAGGUACAUAAAGUGGAUCGACUGAUAAACGAAUGGACUUAGAAUUUUGUAUGCCUGUAGAUUUAUUUUUCUUUAUCGUUCAUAGAUUUUAGGGCCUGUAUAUGUAAGACAAAAUCUAUAUACAAAAAAUACUUUGGAAAUACUUGAUACUUGAAUUAUUUACUUCCUAUACUUAACACAAACACACACACAUGCCUACACAAUUACCUUUCCAUUAUAUACAAGUCAAGUGUUCAGUAUCCGGAUUCCCAAAGUUAACGUACAGUUUGACUUUCAAUUUGAAUGGCAGCACAAGAGUCCGAUAUAUAUAUAUAUAUAUAUAUAUAUAUAUAUGCACGUGAUUUAUGUGUGAAUACAAUAUAUAAAGACAAAUGUGCAUCUCUUGCUUGAUUAAGUAUGUGUCGUCGUCCCACACACAAGUAUGAAAAAACAAAACAACUCAUGAGUUGAAAAUUUGAUUAUUUUUUGUAAAUCCAAAAAAAAUAUAUGGAACAACAAAAACUACAAAAAAAAUUACCUGUGUUAUAUACAUAAUAGGAAGUUAUAAUCAAUUACGGUUUUGCUUUCACUAAAGCAUUCCCACCGAAAAAAAAUUCGGUUAAACAUACAUAAUUAGCUCACAAUAAAAUACUAAUGAAGUAAAUUAGAAAAUCAA